ACGCCAAGAGUUAAAACUCGGAACACAGGGACGGACAGUGAAAGCAGCAACAGAGUGAAAAAUCCAGUUCGAGUUACUGGUUGAUGGACCCUUAAGAGAGAGGGAAGUGGGAAGGAGCGGAGGAGGCUGGAGAGACCCACAGAGGAUUUUGGUUUGAGCUUUUGAGCGGAUAAAAAUGGUCGCCAGAACCCCACCAAAGCAGAGGAGAGUUAUGGCUCCUCUCAAUCCAAAUCUAAUAAGAGAAACUGUGAAGAAGGUGGAUAAAUGUAUGGCAAGAUUGCAAGAGCUACAAUACACAGUGGCAGGAGGCAAUAAGGUAAUAUCCGGGGUUAGUCUGAGUCCUAGAAGUACCAGAGGCUACUUGAGGACUAGUCUCAGGUGCAAGCAAGAAUCUUUAAGGAUCAAGAAUGGUGCAGCCCCUAAAAGGUCUCCAGGGGGAAAGUUGCCAUUAAGUGCAGGAGAAGAAUGGCGCAGAAUGUCAUUACCAGCAAUGCUAGUAGGCGAAACAGUAGGAGAAAUUCUACAAGCAAGCCAAUUUGCAAGAGAAAUAGUAGCGGCAGUUGCUAGCAAGACCAAGAAAAUGAUCCCUGAAGAUCCAAAAACACCAGUGACUGAAAAGAGAAACCAAGGGCCAAAUCCUGAGAACAGUGAGCUCAAGGUUAGAAGAAAGAAGGAAAAACAAAAUAAGCUUCAAUCAAUCAGAGCAGAACCCCGUUCGCCAACUCUUCAGAGGGCUCGAUCGCGAAUCAAUUUCAAGAUUUCACCUCCUAAAAAUGUAAGAGAACUUGAAAAGGAGAACAACAGAUAUUUGGCAAAUAGAGUGUCACCAAGGAACAGACCAUUUGCCAAAAAGACAGUUCUUUUUCCAAAUCCUUUGUUUCUUUCAACAACACCUUCAAAGCAGCAAAAAUUUUGCAAGACAAGGUCCCCAGUUAUGGCAAAAAACAAGCAAACUCCUCACAAGUUUUUGAUAAAGUCUCCACCAUCAGCUUCCUCUAAGUUUCAAGUGAAGAUCAAAAGCCCACCAGUGGUUUCUCUUUCUCCUACAAGACCUGCAAACUUUAGCAAGAAGAAGUCUCCGCUCAAGUUGUCUACUGCUUCGAAAUUGCGUCGUUCAUUUUCACCUUCAAGAUUGGCAAACAGAUUGGUGUCUCCAUUGAAGAGCAGAAAGAGUGUACAGAAGUGUGAUGGGCAAAUGAGUGGACUGAAACAGCGUCCUACUUCAAUAUCCAUGCGAUUCUCGACGGGGAGAUUUUGAUGGCCACGUGGCUAUGCACUCUUUUGAAAUGUCCAUAGUUGAUUCUUUCAUUAAGUUCAUCACGAUUGUGAGCUUCUAUCUUGCAUACAUUGUUUGUUUGACGUAUAAAUUUGUGAGCUUUAUCAUAAAUUUUUGCAAGCUUUAUUUCUGCACAAGUCUGAGCGAGGAAAUGGGAAAUGCAAUUCUUUUUA